GGAAAAUAUACGAAGAGUCGGUGGUAAACGCCUAGCAAUUAUAUAUAUAUACGCACACUGCCCCUCUGUGGGGAUCGAUAUCUGCUACUUCUUCCGACCCUGCAGCCGCUUCGCCAUUGCCCUACUGACGUACUGAAAGAGAAUCAUGGCCGACUUGGAGAAUUUGCUUCUGGAGGCUGCGGGCAGGACGAAUUCGUCUGGGAGGAAUAGGCAGUCGUUUUCGACGUCUAGGAGGAGACGUGAGGGUUCGUACUCGGAUCAUGGAAGUGACUCUAGGGAGGAUGACUCUGACGAUGGCCGUGGUUACUCGGGCAGGAAGCCAUCAGGGUCUCAGGUCCCUCUCAAGAAGAGAUUUGAAUCCACGGAAAGAGAUGAUGAUCAGGGAAGCAUGGAGGGUGAUGACGACUAUGGUGGCUCGGAUCGUGGGGUGGGGAGUAGUGAUGAAUCUGAUGUGGGUAGUGAUUUGUACAAGGAUGAUGAUGACCGUGAGAAGCUGGCGCAGAUGACUGAGCUCCAGAGGGAGAUGAUCUUAUCGGAUCGAGCAGCCAAGAAAGGUGAUAAGGAUUUUAAGAAAAAAUUCAUGAAAAAUAAGGAGAAUGAGGAGGCUUCCCAACCACCUUCCAUGAGGCGGGUCCGAUCAUCUCUUCGAUCUGCUGACCGGGCAGCUGCCAAGGAUGGUGCCUUGAACGAGUUGAGGGCAAAGCGGCUAAAGCAGCAGGAUCCCGAGUCUAACCGUAGGCUGAGGGAUGCUUCCAAAGGAAGUUCUGGUAAUCGCGAUUUUUCUCCAGUUAAGCGGAAACCCUUUGCCGCAGGCCUCAGCCGCUCUAGUCAGAGUGAUAGUGAGGGUAGGUCAGAUAGUGAAGAUGAAGGAUCAACAGGGGACGGUGGACUUCUUGACAGCGAUGAUGAGACGGGCUUAGGUUCUGACCAGCUGAAUUUCGAGGACAUUAAAGAAAUCACUGUCCGUAGAUCGAAACUCGCAAAAUGGUUCAUGGAGCCAUUCUUUGAGAGGUUGAUUGUUGGAUGCUUUGUGAGGGUUGGAAUCGGGAUGACAAAAAACAAGCAGCCUGUUUACAGGCUGUGCAUGGUUCGCAAUGUGGAUGCAUCAGAGCCCGACCGGCAGUAUAAACUUGACAACAAAAUGACUCACAAAUAUCUCAAUCUUGUUUGGGGUAAUGAAAGCUCUGCUGCCAGGUGGCAGAUGGCAAUGGUAUCGGACUCUCCCCCACUCGAGGAGGAGUUCAAUCAGUGGCUUAGGGAGGUGGAACGGACUGGUGGGAGGAUGCCGAGCAAGCAGGAUGUGCUGGAAAAGAAGGAGGCAAUCAAGAAGACCAACACAUUCAUCUACUCAGCAGAAACUGUCAAGCAGAUGCUCAAGGAGAAGAAAUCUGCCUCAACGAGGCCGCUAAAUAUUGCAGCUGAGAAGGAUAGGCUGAGGAGAGAGUUGGAGAUUGCACAGGACAAGGAAGAUGAUGCAGAGGUUGAGAGGAUCAAGGAGAGAAUUAGGCAACUUGAGGCCUCUCGCCAAUCUCAACAGGCUGAUGCAAAGGCCAUUAGGCUAGCUGAGAUGAACAGGAAGAAUAGGGCUGAGAACUUCAGAAACGCUUCGGAACUGAAGCGUGUGAACACAGAGCUGAAAGCUGGGGAGGCAGGGUAUGACCCUUUUUCGAGGAGAUGGACUAGGUCUAGGAAUUACUACGUCUCAAAGCCCAAUAAUCAAGAUGAAGCUAUAGAUGAAGCUGUAGAUGAAGUUGUAGAUGUUGGCUCGAGUGAAAUUGUUAAUGCCCUAUCAGCUGUUGCGAACAAUAAUGCUUCGGGAGCAGUUGCAACAGAGGUAGGUGUGGCAGCAACCGCUAAGGCCUUGGAAGCAGCUGCUGGCGCGGGAAAAUUGGUCGACACGAGCGCCCCUGUGGAUAAGGGCACUGAGUCGAAUCUACUACACAGCUUCGAGAUCCCAAUCUCACUGAACACGCUCCAGAAAUUCGGCGGGGCCCAUGGAGCUCUGGCAGGUUUCAUGGCCAGGAAGCAGAAGAUAGAAGCAGCGGUCGGAUGCCGGGUCCCAGAAAACGAUGAGAUCUGGCACACUAAGACUUUAACAAUAAGUGAUUACAAGAGGCGGAGAGGGCUCAUAUGAAAACUGCAGCAGUUAUGUCAUGCAGCAACAGAGUAUUUGUUCGGGUAAAGCUUUGUAGGUUUCCCCAGUCAUUUGAUCGAAUCUGGGUGAUAGUCAAGAGGGCUGCUCUUUGUUUAUAGCUUCUGUACGGACUAAUGGCGUGUUCAAAGUGGCUCAUUCAAGUUUCGGUGAAUAUCUUGACUGCGUCGAGUGCUCUUUAUUUGUAGCUUGGUGGGUCGUAAAAUGCAACGGGAGUAAUCGCAAUAUACCUCACUUGUAAAAUGCAACUUUCAUUAGUAAUCGCAGUGUAAUGGGCUUUUGUUUACUCUCGCAAGUCGUGCCUCUUAUAUGUUUGUUGUUAGAGGGCAGACCCAAGCCUGUAUAUCACGCACUAGUAAAAUGCAACUUUCAUUAGUAU